UCAAGCGAGCUCGUUGUUACGUCCCCCCGAAGAGCUAGGGACUGAACCAGUGAAGCAAAAAUCGAAGAAGAAGAAGAAAGAAGAAGAAGCGAGCCGAGAAAAUGGCGAUUGCUGGUGAUCUGAAGGUCUCUGCUACUCUCGGCUCUUACCAUAACCACCCGGUUCGGACCUCUCUGCCCUUCUCGACCUCAAAGGUAAAUUUUUCUGGUUCCUUGAAUGGAGGAUCUGACAUUCGUGAGAACUCACCAAAGUGGCCCUGCAUAGUGCUAGAGAGUAGCAACACACGUGGUUCAGCAAAACGGCUUUCUGGUUUUACAGGAGAUUAUCAGCUGUCACCUUCAAGUUCUUUUAGCCAAGAAGCUGAGAGUUUUCUUCUGAAUGCCAUUAACAUGAGCUUCUUUGACCGUUUAAACUUAGCUUGGAAGAUAAUAUUUCCUUCUCGGAUGACUAGAAAGAGCUCCAAUGCAAGGAUUGCCAAGCAGCGACUCAAGAUGAUUCUCUUCUCUGAUAGAUGUGCGGUUAGCGAUGAAGCAAAGCAGAAAAUUGUCACCAACAUUGUUCACGCUUUAUCAGACUUCGUGGAAAUUGAGUCGCAGGAUAAAGUCCAGCUAACCGUAUCUACUGAUGCGGACCUUGGAACUGUAUAUUCUGUCACGGUACCUGUGAGAAGGGUGAAGCCAGAGUAUCUAGACGAGGACGAAAUUGGAGCAAUAACGAAUAUCGAGUACAAAGACACCGGGGAGAGGUCUGGUUCAGUGGAUGUCAGGUUUGAUUUCUUUAUUCCGGACGAAAAUGCUGCGUGAUUCUGAGGCUGAAUCAUGGGGAAACAAAGUUUGUUAAUGUGGUAGUCGUAAUGAUUUUCUUUUCUUCCAUUCCAUUUAGAGAGAGUUUUAUCUACUUCAAGUUUGGACAUUUAACUGGUGAUAAAGACCUUUUUUUUUUUUUUUGAUAACCGUGAUAAAGACCUUUUGUUCCUGUAUAUAAGUGAAAUAUCUUUGAUGGC